AUGGAUAGUGGACAAUUAACUAUUGACAAAGUAACACAAUUAUUACAUCAACAUAAAUUUCCAGCAUCUGUUGAAGCAGCAUUAAUUGCUAUACGUGAAUGCUCAAUGUUUACACGUAAAGAUUUAUCUAUGUUAGCAAAUCGUUUUAUAUUUUGUCAUUCAUUAUCAACAUCAAAUACAAAUCCAACUCAAACAAUAUGGAUAAAAACAUUAAAUAAUAUUCAAGAACUUCAUACACUUGAUUUAUUAAGACAAUUUCUCGAAAACCAAUCUGAUUUAACAAUUUCAACACGUGUUUUUGAUAUUAUUUUUUUUGAUAUACUUUCGGAUACAGAUCAUCCAUUAUUUACACUUUAUUAUAAUUUAAUAUUAAAAUUUCUUUCACUUUCUAUAUCAUUUGAAUCAAAACCAACAUUAACAAUAAUUGCGCGAUGGCUUUUAACAAUAUCAAAAACAAUGGAUUCAUUAAUAACAAAAAUUAUUGAAUUUAUUAUACGUGAACAUAUUGCAUUAGCAAUAACUAAAUCUAUUAAUAAUCUUUGUACAAUAUCAUCAUUAUUUACGUUAUGCUUUAUUAAAGAAACAUGUAUAUUAUUAGAUAAAGAAAAUUUUAUUAUUGAUAAAAAAAUAAUUCAAACACUUAUUGAAUUACUUACAUAUGGUUUAACUAAUUCUACUAAUUUAUUACUUGUUACUUUACAACAAGAAUUUAUUGCGCAAAAUAACUCAUCCUUAUUUAAUUUUGUGCCUUCAAUGAUUCGUCUGAAUGUUUUACUUUCUCUUCGUGCAUUUGAAUCAUCAUCAUCAUUAUGUUCACAUCUUGAUCAUUUUCAUACAUCAAUUCUUUCAUUUUUAUUUUCUAUCGUCAUACAUAAGUCAGAUCAAAAUAAUGUUCUCCAAAAGAAUCUUUUUCCAUCAAAUUAUUUUGAACAAUUACUUAUUACAAUUCAAGAUUUUAUUGAACAUGAAAAACCUGAUCAAAAAAAUAUUGAUGAAUGUAUACAACGUUAUUUACAAAUAUUAUCAAUUUGUAAAACUUCAUCAUUACCAUUAACUCAUUUGUGUAUCUGUGAUUUAGAAAAACAUUUUUCAUUAUUUACACAUCAUAAAUUAUUUCAUAUACUAAAAGAUAAAGAAGAACAAGAAAUAAAAUAG